AUGGACGCUCUGCUGGCAGCGCUCGUCGCGCUAAUGGCACUAGCUGCCGCGAUGGCCGCCGUGCUGAGCACGCUAUCCAAGGCGGCGAUUUUCGCCAUACUCGCGAUCGCACCUUGUGUUUAUCGAUACAGGAAGAAGAUUUAUGUGAUCGUGAAAACAUUACCAAGGGAUCUCAAGUUCCUAUGGCGGUACGCAAAUGCGAUGAUUCGUACGGCAAUAUAUGCACGAAACAACUGCUCCGUUGCGGAGUUGUUUACGAAGAGAGCCCUCAAACAGCCCGAUGCACCGUGCUUCUUUGUCGUCGACGAUCGCACAUGGACAUUCAGAGAGAUGGCAGAAAAAUCGAACCAAGUGGCUCGGGUAAUGCAGGAGAUGGGGCUGAAGCGUGGUGACGUGGUGUGUAUCUUCAUGCCUAACUGUGCGGAAUAUGUUUACAUGUGGCUGGGUAUGGCCAAGCUGGGUGUGGUCUCUGCUCUCAUCAACAGUAAUCUGCGACACAAACCUUUGUUACAUUGUAUCCAGGUCGCAAAAGCUAAAGCUAUUAUAUACUCUGAUUGUUUGGUUGGUGCCGUGGCCGAUAUAAAUGCGGACCUCUCCGCGGAUAUAAAGCAAUUUCAGUUAUAUGGCGACUGUGCACCAGGAGUCACGGAUAUGCGCUCUGAGAUGGAGAAGCAGUCUCCAGAUUAUCCAAACGUGGUUGAUAAGCCUCAGUACAAUGAUACACUUCUAUACAUCUACACGUCAGGCACAACGGGAAUGCCAAAGGCAGCUGUCAUGAAGAACUCAAAGUACUUGAUUGUGGUGGUAGCAACAGUUCACAUGCUGGGUCUGAAAAGCAGUGACCGCAUGUACAACCCCCUACCGCUCUACCAUCUCGCUGGCGGGCUGGUAGGGACAGCGGCUGCUUUAGUUGAUGGUAUACCCUCGGUACUUCGGAGCAAAUUCUCAGCAUCCAAUUACUGGAGUGAUUGUAUCAAGUACGAGUGCACGGUUUCUCAGUACAUCGGAGAGAUGUGCCGAUACCUGCUGGCCCAGCCUUCGAAGCCUACUGACACUCAGCACGGAGUGCGGAUUAUGGUUGGAAAUGGAAUGAGACCUGCCAUAUGGCAGCAGAUUGUUGACAGGUUCAAAGUACCGCAGAUAAAUGAGAUAUAUGGAGCGACCGAGGGCAACGCAAACAUAAUUAACGUGGACAACACGGUGGGAGCGGUCGGUUUCCUUCCCAAGUUGGUGCCAACCAGACUUCACCCGAUUGCACUGGUCAAGAUCGACGAGCUUGGAAAUGUCAUUCGUGGUCCAGAUGGUUAUUGCAUACGCUGUCAGCCCAAUGAACCAGGAAUGUUUAUUGGACUAAUUUCUCAACGCAACGCAGCCCGUGCGUACCACGGAUACGUUGAUAAGAGCGCCAGUAACAAGAAAGUAGAGACGGAUGUCUUCAGCAAGGGUGACGCUGCGUUUGUGAGUGGUGACAUUCUGGUGGCUGACGAUUAUGGCUACCUCUUCUUCCGGGACCGCACCGGUGACACAUACAAGUGGAAAGGCGAGAACGUAGCCACGGCUGAAGUGGAGGAUGCACUAGGCCCAGUUCUUGAUCGACGGGAUUGUGUUGUCUAUGGGGUUUCGAUACCCCAAACGGAGGGACGGGCCGGCAUGGCUGCCAUUGCGGACCCUGAGCGGACAUUGGAUCUGAGCAAAUUGGCUGCACAUCUCGAUCAUUCUCUGCCAUCUUUCGCACGGCCACUGUUCCUGCGCCUCACCAAGGACAUUGAAAUCACUAGCACCUUUAAACUAAAGAAAUUGCAGUAUCAAAAGGAAGGUGUCGACCCGGACGUGAUCAAAGAUCCGCUGUACUUCCGCUCGGGCGCCGGCUUCGUGCCCAUCAACACUCCGCUCUUCAAUGACAUUUCCAACGGAAAGGUCAAACUCUAG